AUGACAUCGCCCGGAGAUGCUGCUCCGGUCAAACCACCGCCGUCCUUCUCCCCCGGCGUUGCGCGAGGCACCUCUAAAUCAAGAUACCCCGACGAGGCAGAGUCCACACAUUCUAUAGACGCCGAGCUGGCAGAGGCCCGCUCGGCGUCUUCUCCUACGCCUCCUCUGUCGGCCACCACUGCGGAGUUGCCCAUCCGGUCUUCAUCACCGCACGCCCGGUCCGUCAGGUCGUCCACCCCGCAAUUAGCUCGCUCAUCACUUGGAUCGCCUUUUGAUGGAAGAUUCGAUGGCUCGGAAGAUAUAAGGUCCUUAAUAAUCCGCGCCUUCUCGCCAACUGUCGCUAUCUAUGCCUCCGAUGAUACCGAUGAAUUGGUGAGGAAUAAGGGGUUCAAAGGGGGAUUCUGGGAAUUGAUUAGGCCCUUUGGCGACACUGUAUCUGGAAAAGUCGUCAUUCGGGACAGUGUUGGAUCAAGUCGUGCCUGGGAGGAUUACGGAGUGCGGUUCGUGGAUUUGAAUGGGUUUGGCCGGACCCCCGCAGGUCGAGAGUCCGGACAAGAGUCGUCUCUGACGCAGAUGGAAGAAAUCCUGGAGCAACAGCUGGAAUCGGCAGAAGGGCCUUUUGGAGGAUCAAUACCCUCAAAGGAUGCAUUGGGAGUUCCAGUGGCAAGCCCACUAUGGAAGUUGUUACUACGACAAAUACUAUCCGCUACCUCUGCGGCCCCCCACGAAACAUUUGGCCACCCGGUUGCCAGUGUGAUUGCUAUUAGCUCCCGCAACAUGGCCCCGCUCGAGACCCUCAGGCAAUUGUACGGUGAAAGCAGUUCUGGUGACAAGCGGUUACCAGAUUGGGUCAAUUCGGAGUAUCUUCGAUACUAUGUCUUGGUCCACGAUGAAGAACGUGAUGAUAUUACAGAGUCAACAAAACUAUAUGAUCAGAUGAAGCGGCAUUUUGGUUUACACUGUCACUUGUUGCGGCUUCGCAGUAGUCAGUGUAUCGUGACGGAUGAUGAUAGUGUCCAAGUACCUUCGUGCGAAUGGCUGUCCCCACAGGAACGCCUGUCAGGUGUCGGAGAAGCAGAGACACUGGUGGACCUUGGUACAGAUGGUACGCCGUACCUGUUUGACUCUGACGUUACUGCCAUCCGGACGUUCAUUCGGGAACUCAUGGUGCAAUCCGUGAUACCUUUCAUGGAAAACCGUGUUGCUGUCUGGAAUGACCAGAUCGCUUCUCGCAGACGUGGAAUCAGCGGAAGGUUCAUGUCGGUCGGUCGACGUUUUAUGACUUUCGGUUCUGGCUCACGAUCUGGCGCCACUGGUUCCUCGGGUGGAAGUGGCAACUAUGAUCCAACAAACAACUUUUAUGGGCCUGAUUCACCGGAAGCUAUCUUACGGAAGAUGGCUGAUUUUGCUUUUAUGCUUCGUGAUUGGAAGUUGGCCGCCUCAACGUAUGAAAUGAUCCAGUCGGACUUUAAAAACGACAAGGCGUGGAAGUACCAUGCGGGAGCUCAUGAAAUGUGUGCAGUGAGCAUGCUCCUCAAUCCACUUGCUAUGUCCGCCAAAAUCAAGCUUGAGAGUGUCGAUCAAAUGUUUGAGAAUGCUUGCUAUUCUUAUCUUACACGGUGUUCAGACGUACCACAUGCACUGCGUGCCUUAUCUCUCGGCGUCGAGCUUCUUAAGUCUCGAGGUGGAUCUGCCACCGAGAGUGCAGCUAGAUGGGCCAUGCGGGUCAUGGAUUUCGGCUUGGUUGGCCCCAUCGGCCAAAUACUGUUCACAGAGAGGGUCUCAGCAUGCUAUGCAUCGAAGAUCUCUAUGGGUGGAGCUAAAUGGGGUGGGCGUCGUCGAAAAGCCGGCAUGUGGAGCAUUUUCGCUGCAAAUCAAUGGCUGAAAGCUGGCAAUCCUACUUUGGCUGCGGCUUGUCUGGAAGAAGGAGAGCGUCUCUACGGCGAUGUACUCGAGACAGAUGGCGUCUUUCCGAUCUCAGAGAUGCAGACCUUUGUUGACAACCUGCGGCAUUCCGUGAAAGUGGAAUACCUCGGGGCAAGAGGAUUUGACACACGGGAUGAGCCGACUUCAGAGGACCCAGUCCUCACCGAGGAGACUAGUGAGAAGCUUGAGAAGAUUGACAAGCGGAAUCAUCGUCGCUCCCUGAUUGGGCUGCCUGGGCAGCUGGAUGUGGGGAACUUCAACAUGACUUCAGGGACUAGGGACCCUGAAAACUCACCAAAUGAUGACUUUGAACGAGCGUGA